AUGAAGAAUUCAAAAUCCCGAUUACUGAGGCGAGGCAACAAGAAAACUGACAAUGGCAUUACAUCAUCGUGUACAGGCACGGGCAGCAGUUGUGACUGUAAUUCCAUUGGGAUGGGGACACUUCCACUGAUUGUCUGCAUCCUGCUGGGGAUCCAUCUGUUUUCAGAAAAGCGCUCCAUGGCGGGGUGGAUGAAGGGACUCCAAAUUGCCAAUAUGCAAAACAUGUCCACAUUCGUGUCAUCUUCCUGGGGGGCAGUCACAACAACAUCCAAAACACAAGAUGAGCUUGCCAAGAGUGACAAGAACUUCUACUCACCACCACUGCAAAAGCUCAGUCUAUUACAACUCUCCAGAGAAAGUGCUCAGAAUCAUCAACAGCAUCACAAUUGUACAUGGCCCUUUGUCCUCAUCGAUGAUCGCAUCCUGCUCCAACAGGAUCAAGACAAUGCCAACAAGGAAGAAACAGACCAAUUCGAUGCUUGGUCCUACCAACACAACAAACGCAAAAUUCCACGCAUUCUCCAUCUGACAUGGAUCCACGAUGAUCCACACCAUGGACCCAACAAGGGUCGUUGUUUGCACCACCUUCAAGCGGUUUCCAUUCAACGAUGGAAGAAACUAUUUCCCAAUUACAGCAUUUUCUACCAUGAUGACUAUUCCGUUGCCAAAAUGAUGCAACAAGAGUUCUGGCCUGAGUUCCCUGAAUUGGCCAAAGUUCUACAGUGUGUCAAAAUGCGCAAUGCCAUGCUCAUUGACAUCUGGAGACAAUUGGUCCUCUACCGAUUUGGCGGAUUAUACGUAGACCUGGACGAAAUUCCAACCGAACAAUUCACUGAAGAUCUCAUCCCACAGCAUGUCGAUUUCUUCUCCUUUAGCGAUGACAAUACCCGGCCUUCCCAGUGGUGUUUUGCCACAUCACCGGGACAUCCGGCCACCUACCACUCCAUGCUGACAAUUUUCCAACGACUCUUGGAAAUGCCGGACAUCUCAAGACCCAAAUUGGUCUUAAUGACGGGUCCCGAAGCACUCAAAAAUGGAUACUCACACACCUUUCCUUCCAAGGAUCGAUACAACGAGGGGAUGCAUUAUGGGAUUUUCAAUGCCACCGGAAUCAAAUACACACGAAAGAAGGCCGCGGUAUGUCUCGUCAACAAUCGGAACGACCCCUUUCCGUACAAUGCCACACACAAUUGGACGGUUGCCAAACAGUAUGAGGCCGACUUGGGAGCAGUCCACUGGACCAAAGCCGGAAGUCACUUGGUGGAUCAAGGGCGAGGGUCCUGUCAACAACAUCUCUACGAGUUUGAGCGACGAUCCAGUCGCUUUCCAGGCAGAGAAUGGAUCCAACAAUCACAAGGACGCAGGUAA